GGGCACAAGCCUAGAACCUUGUACUUGGUCGGUCAGGUCCCGAAGUAGGUGGCACGAUGUGGUAAGCUAACUUCACCCUGUUUUCCCAAAACUCACAAAGACAGAGCCAGACAGAUAGAAACCGAUCUCCCAUGGCAGCUUCAAAGGUCCAAGCUUUCUGGAACCACCCAGCAGGCCCUAAAACCAUUCACUUUUGGGCUCCAACUUUUAAAUGGGGCAUUAGCAUAGCAAAUAUUGCUGAUUUCUCAAAGCCACCUGAAAAUAUCUCUUAUCCUCAGCAAAUAGGUAUGCACCUUUUGGGAAUACAGGUUUUCAGCUGUCUAUGUCUUUGUUUAGAAUUAUGGUAUAUAUCAUACCUGAAAUAUUGUUUUGCAGCUGUUACGUGCACUGGGCUUAUUUGGUCUCGUUACAGUAUGGUGAUUACUCCGAAAAACUGGAAUCUUUUUAGUGUUAAUGUUGCAAUGGCUGGGACAGGCUUGGCUCAAUUGUCACGCAAAAUAACGCAUGACUACUUUUCCGACACAGACGCAGCUGUACAAAAAGAAUGAUCACAAACCUUUCCGUAUGUAAAUUGAGCUCAUGAUGCUAGCUUUUCUGUCCCUUGAUUAAUUUUCCCCGAGAACUGCAAUGUGAAGUACACUAAGAAAUCAUGUGUUUUUGUUGUUGUUGUUGUACUUUUGGUCUUAUUAGCUUGUAAUUUAAGUUUUUGAGUGUUUUCAAUUGACUACCCGUGCACGUUGCUUUGUGCUUAAAUUGAGAAAACCCCGCAUUCUUUUAUCUUUGGAGCAACUUGAGAGACACACCUGAGCUUGAACUUCUGAUGAGUUACUGGAAGUUGGUGGAUUUGCCAUUGGAUACAAGAAUGUUGAUUGGAGAAUUGACUCAAGGUCCAUAAGUUUGGGGAUCUCUAAGAUCACUUUUCCUGUUCAUUGCUGUUUUUCUUUAUAAGAAUUGAUUUACAAUAAUGAUAUGGUGUUUUUGUUUU